GGAAAUAUCCAAUCAAAUGUUGCGUAGUAUCGUUGUGUUCAGGAUGUUGCUCACAGAAUCAAGAUGGCAUCCGAAACUGGUACAAGUAUCGUGUCAAAUGAGCGAUGUGAUGUAAAUAAUACAGUUCAGCAAGUAUUCGAGCCGCUACGAAGGGAAACAACCAAUGUAAAAGUGUCCAGAACAGCGUGGGAUAGUGUUGUUAAAGAGACAAACGAGUUCGUGGACGAUUUAGCGUUAUAUUCGAUCAGGACGCCCACGAUUUUCUCUACCGCGUCAUCGUUUAAUGCAAACACGGAAGGGAAAGAAUUACAGAGAAACUUAAAUUUCAUGAGCUCCUCUGGUGAUGUGGAAGAACACACUACUUACAAACUUGCUAUCAACACUGCAUUACGCGUACCAUCCAUGGAAGCACACAGCAUGUCUAACCAGAGGAAUGAUCUGGACAAUGUUGCUUGCCUUACUGAACAGCCAAACGGAAGUCCAGAUCACUGCAAUAAUGAACUAUUAAAACCUAAAAUAGAACCAGUUCAGCAUGUUAUUCAUAUUGAUUCAGCAUCUAAUAAAGAUACAACAUUGUCUAGUGGCAUACACAUGUUACCAACAAAAUUAGAAGGAUGUAUCAAUUUUGAACAUACUAACACACCACAAUUAGGAGAAAGUCCUCAAAGCAGCGGUGAAGUGAUUAAUAGUCCAAGAAGUCCAGAUUAUCCUCCAAGAGUUUCGGGUAGUCCAAAUAGUCCAGAUACAACGUUCCCCAGCAGUAUGACAUCAGCAAUAGCAACAUCAAAUAUUAUAAUAGAUACAGCAACAUACAAUGAACAAGACACAGACAAUUUAGCUGCUAAAGCUAACAAAAGUGUGGUGUCUUAUUCGUUUCAUGGACAACUGGAAAAAUCUAAAGAACAAGUUUCUGUUACUCAAAUAAAGUCAAAUGAGGAAGAGACGAGAGACAAAGAAAUGGAUAUCAUUCACAGAGAUAUUAAAACAGAAGUUGUUGAAAUAAAAACAGAGGAGACAGAUAUUCAAGAACAAUUAGAUGUUAAAUCUGAUUGGACUAGUAACAGUAUAUCUACAACGAUAGUUGGAAAAACUGAUGAUGCACUAUCUCAUAAUAAAUCCAUAAAUUGCAUUAGUUCUACAUCCUCUGGUUCACAUUCAAAGUCAUAUUCGUCUUCGAAAGAUAAGCGAAGUAAGGAACAUAGCGAGCGACGUUAUUGUUCGCGUUGUUACAAGCGUAGUAAAAUAAAACGCGCAAGCAUUGGGGUACAGUGCAAACGAGAUCGUAGUGUGGUUUCAUUAGGCAGUAAACCAGUGUCUCAUGCAUUCUCCAAGUCUAUGAAUGAGAAUCUCAGGUUAAACUUGCAAACAAAAAACUAUAAAAUGCUUCAAAAUUCACCAUUUAAAAGUGAAUUACUUGAAGGCCUAAAGUACAAGAAAUUUAUUCAUAUAGAAACGUAUCCUAAUGGUGGUGCGACUGUUGUGCAUAUGUAUCAAGAUGAAAUAGAUACAUUAAUGCAGGAACAAGUAGAAGAAUUGGCGCAAGAGUAUUUCAAGGUAGUUUUUGGUGAGGAUGAAAACGGUAAUGCACAUCAUGUUAUGGGUAUAGUACACAAUGCAGCUGCAUAUCUUCCUGAUUUAUUAGAUUACAUGGCAGACAGUUAUCCCACUUUAACUGUAAAAAAUGGAGUGUUAGGAAGAAAUAGCGAUAUAGAAACUACUACCAUGGUUCAGUACAAAGAACAAGUUUGUAAAGCAUAUAGUAACGGAACUGUUAGAUAUGGACCUCUUCAUCAGAUAAGUCUAGUGGGAACUGUUCAUGAAGAAGUUGGUGGAUAUUUUCCGGAUCUGCUACAAAAAUUAGAAGAAAACCCAUUCUUAAAGCUGACCAUGCCCUGGGGUCCAUUGUCUGUUGUCAAGAUGGAUACACCUCAAGAGUCAAACGAUGGUCCAAUUCUAUGGAUAAGACCAGGAGAACAGUUAGUUCCUACGGCAGACAUAAAUAAAAGUCCUUACAAAAGACGUAGAACGGGGAUCAAUGAGUUGAGGAAUCUUCAAUACUUACCCCGUCUUAGUGAAGCUCGUGAAUACAUGUUCGAAGAUCGUACGAAAGCUCACGCGGAUCACGUGGGUCACGGAUUGGAUAGAAUGACAACGGCUGCAGUGGGUAUACUGAAAGCUGUUCACGGUGGACAGCCUUCAGAAUAUAACAGGAUUACGAAAGACGUCGUGGCUUUCUACGCUGGUGACUUUACCGAACUAGUCGAGAAAUUGCAACUGGAUCUUCACGAACCACCGAUAUCACAGUGCGUACAGUGGAUCGAGGACGCGAAGUUGAAUCAGUUGCGUAGACAGGGUAUUCGAUAUGCGAAAAUAAAUUUGUACGACAACGACAUAUACUUUUUACCGCGUAAUAUAAUUCAUCAGUUUCGAACGGUCUCAGCAGUUUCGAGUGUAGCGUGGCAUGUGAGAUUGAAACAGUAUUACCAGGAAUCGCAACACAACCCGAACAUUAGGCACAGUCGUGUUGGGAGCGAAUCGUCUCACCGCAUAAAAGAAAAGAAAUCUUUAGAAGUUGUGAGUAUAGGAGAUGAACAGAAAGAGAAUACAAAUCGUCAGCGUGUAGAACAAAAGCAUUCUAUCGAUUCACUCGAAGAAAAGAAAGCAAAGGAGAGGGCUGCCGAGUAUCAAGGGAACUUAAAGAAAUCGGAUCAACAUGGGAAGCGUAAAGAAGAUCGUAAAAACAGAGACCAUACGAGACAUUCUUCCGUUUCCAGUAAAAGAAGAGAAUCGGAGGAAAAUAAUGACAAUUGUUCGGAUCUUAUAAAUAACAAAUCAUCAAAAAAUAGUACAACCGACCAGAAACAAAGCGGCGAGAAAAGGGACGAUAAAAGACCGGACAGACGACACGAAGAUCGGCGUCGAUCCAACGAUAAAUCCAGUCGCCAUUCUCACAGCAGCAGUAGCAGUAGUCAUUCUGGUGACAAGAAGAAAUACGACUGUAGCGGUCAUAAGUUAGAUCAUCAUCGUCAUCACAAUCGGUGUAGCAGUAAUAACGCGUCUAGUAAAGAGAACAUAUCGAACGUUCUCGAAUCGAAAUCCAUUGACAAGUUCAGUAACUCAGGAUCUCUAUCGAAAGACAGCAAAAGACAUCUGAGUUCGUCGGAUCUUUGCUCGUCGGAACACGAUGCAACCUCUGAUUGCAGCGUUGUUGUCCUCGAGCAAGAGGUGUUAGCGCAACGACAAUUGAUCGCGAAAACGUACGCGACGGAGGUUGUCGACAAGGCAUUAGAAAUUGCUAUUUACAAAUCAAAGACUGAUGUGGAGGAGGUGUGUCAGUCGUUGCGAACCGGUGUUGCGGAGGCUUCGAAGGAAAUGCUCGAGAAGAUCCACAAAGAGAGCCUCGAGAUCGCCGAACAGAAGUACAAAAACGAUAUAUCAAAAUUAGAACAAUAUUGUCAAUUACUGGAGGUAGAAACUACGCUCGCUUUCACAUCAAAGAUGGAGUGCGCGACCGAGAACGCGGUGAAAGCACUGAUCGAAAUGGCCGAGGACGAGGCUAAGGAGAGAGCGAAAAACGACAAAGUUUGCGCGUCGGCUACCAGUAACUCGUGCGAAGAGAAUUCCUUGUCCGCGUCGAAGAUUACAAAUUCAUCGUCUUGUUCUUCGAUCACGUCUACGUCUCCCGUGACCGAAGCCGAACGGCACAGCAGUAACAGUAGGAACGGCAGCAGCGACGAGAAUUCGUCGAAAUUACCGUCAGACAUGCACACGUCGCAUUCGGAAUCGAAACGGAAGCACAGAGACGACAAGGAUUCUAGAAGUCAACGGCACAAAGAUCGACGGGACCGGGAUCAUAAGAAACAUCAUCGUCAUCGAAGUCCGUCGUCGUCCCAACGUAAAUCGGAUAAUAAAAUCGGCGAAAGUGGCAACAAAGAGGAUCCGCUGAAGAUUAUCGCGUUGCCCAGGGAUUAUAACGUUUCUAGCAAAACUGGCGAUCGAACGGAUAACAAAGACAGUGAGAGAAAAUCCGAGAAGAGACGAGACGGGCAUCAUAGUCACGGAAGGGACGGACAGAAAAAGUCCUCGAGCGGUCGUUCGUCGAAAGACGAGUCCGGCUCGAGUCGUUCUCAUUCGUCGAGCUCGAAUCACAAGAGGAAGUCGAGUUCGUCCGAGGAGCACAAGGAACCGAAGAAACCGUGUAUCGAGAAAGAGGUUACGGCGACGUCGGAACAGAACACUCUUGACAGUACGUUAAAUCUGAUAACAGUGACGACAGUGGCUCAAUCAUCGACGACAAGUACAGUCGUGUCAACGUGAAAAGGUGAACAUUAUUUUAAGCUGUAGUACAAUCUGCUCGUUCGAAAUUACAAGGUACGCGGCAUUAGU